CGUCAGACCAGUCCAACCUUGCGAAAAAGGGGAGAAAGUUAAUCCAGUAUAUUUGUAACCGAUUCGAAGAACUCCACCACGGAUUCGUUCCACCACAACCGUAGCCCUCAAGCUAAGCCGUAAUGGCGGGGAGUUCACGCCACAGUUCGGCCGAGCCCACAUCCGCAAGCCGCCGUCUCUCACAGGACUCAGACGACGAUGACGAGGUUGAUAAUGAGGAACUCUGGCACCACAGGAGGAUCCAGCAGCAGGUGGGCUACCUCAGUCUUGGAGGCAGCUUUAGUGGUGGUCUGUCACCACAGCCCUCCUCCAGUGUAGAAUGUGAGCGCCGUGUCAGUCCCCUGGAUCCCAACCUCUCCUCGGCAGCCAGGUACUCUCCCCCUCCCCCUUAUAACAGCCCUAUGGGGGGCAUUGAGGGGUCUCUAGAGCACCCUGACUCCCCCAUGGAGGACCUGUCACAUGGGAGUUCCUUGCCACGUUUUCCAGUGGGUGUGAGUAGCAGCAUGCCCUCUGGCACCCCAAGCCUAGUGGUCUCAGAGACGCACCGAGCCACACCAGAUGACCACGAGCCUGGCAGUCGAGGGGGGAGCAGCUUAGGGGUCUCCAACAGCCUCUUUUCUACACAACGAAUCUUGGGGCGGACACAACCUAGGUGGGGGUCGCCACACAUUGUUACAGAUGAAGAUGACGAAGAUGAGGAGGAGGAGGAAGAUGAUGAUGAAGAAGAGGAGGAGGAAGAGGAUAAUACACCACCAACUCCUAUUGAGAGUGUGUGGGCCAAACAGAGGAAGCUGAACAUGGGAGAGGUGGCUCACAGCUCUGCCCUCCGGGCAGGUCCCAGUGGCAUCCAGGGGGCCCCCCAGCCUGGGCACAGCCGCAUUGAAGAUGUGCGGUGUGCUGAUCCUAAUGAGGUGGAGUCUGUCCAGUGUGCAGGGCCGAGUGGUGUUGAGGCUGUUCAUUGUGCUGGUCCCAGUGGUCUGCAGGAUCUGGCAAGGCCAGGUCCCAGCAGCAACCUCCACACAGCCCCCCAACCCAGUCCAAGCAUUCUCCAAGCAAUCCCACAGCCAAGUCCUUCAGGGGAUGGGAUGGUAUCCCAGACAAACAGGUGUCGAUCUCCAGACAGUGAUACAGACAGUGAGAGUGAUUCACCAGAGAACCUGCCUCCAUUUAGCUCUAGCCCAGGACCCUCGGGCAUUGGCAGCCAGUUAGUCCGGCUGAGUGAUGGGGAGGCAGAAGCACUUGUAGGCAAUGUAUCAGGGUGUGAGGCUAGCAGCAGCAUCAGGGGACAGGUUUCCCCUCUAGGCUCCCCAAGAACACCUGCUGAUAACUGUAUUGUCUCAUCAUCUACUGGUCACAUAGACUCUAUACCUCCAACUCCAGCUGAAUUUCAAGGGAAUGAUGUCUCUGGUCCAAGCAGUCCUGUUUCCCCAAGUUUAGCCAGUGUAGCCAUUCUGGAUUCUACUGUAGAUUCCACAAGUGGAAGAGGAAUAAUGGAUCCUCAGGGUGACUCAUCAGAUGAUGAUUCUGAUGACAAUUUGGCACCAUCUGACCAGAUGCAAUUGCCAGUCAUGGCAGAUGAAGGAGCAGAAAUAUCCACAUCAGAAAUUGGUUUGCAGCAUAGUGAUGACAGCCAAGAUGUUGGAAUGCUUGUUAGCCCACAAGGCAUGUUCACCAGUGGCCGUGCAAGUGCUAAUAGAUUUAUUGAGCAGUUCUCUCUCUCUUUGUCACACUUUUCUACCAACUCUCUUGAUGCCAGCUUAUCUGGAGAUGUCAGUGACCAAAGGACGCCCCAGAACACACCUCCACCUCCUCCAGAUCCUGGGCCUUACCUGGAUGACCCAUUAGCAAUCCCUGGCCCCAGCAGGCUCUCACUGCCAUGCCCAGAGCAGCCAGUGAGCAGUCAGGCCCAGGCGGUCCCAACAGUAAGCCAGGGAAAUGAUUUCCCUUCAACAUCCAGUACACAGAUGUUAGCGCACCCAGUUGAGGUUCUAGACAGUAGUCUACCACUUCUGCAUAUCUCCUCAGAGUUGCCAGUUUGCAGUUCAGCACCAGAUAAUAACCAGUUACAAGAUGCAGGAAGAUCUGAUGGUCUAGAGCCCCUUGUCACCAUAGCUAGUAGUGCAUCAAACAGUCUGAACAGUGAUGACUUGGCAGGCAGCUCAGGCAACCAGGCUUUGAGUCAGCUGAACCAAUCUUAUGUCCUGGAGCUGAAUGAAGACAGUUCCCUGAACAGUGAUGGUGCCCUCAGUUCAGGCUCUCUAGUGGGAAAGGAUGACUUACAGAAUCAAGGGGUAAAUCAAGCUGAUUUCAGCAACUUAGACAGCUCUCACCACUCACUAGUCGACCCAUCACGUAUUAGCGCUAGUUCACUCAGCACAUCCCUCAGUCUGACCCUGGCCUCCUCAGAGUUGAAUGGGGUCAUAGAUGCAGCCAUGCCUGGCCCCUCCCAACAGCCCUCUCUUUCACAACAUAUUCUGCCUUCACAACCAGAUCAGGUGUCUCUCCUAGUUGGUAGUGGUGAUGACAGUAAUGAUGGAGCCUUAUUAAUGAUGCUGUCCUCCAAUUCCCACUCUCUCCAUGAUCCCUUAGUUUUAGGAAAGCAGCUGCAGAGAGAAGCUAGUAGCCUUGUAUCUCAACUCAGGUCAGAAUCUCAGUCUCUUCAACCAUGCAGUAGUGACAGUGCUGCUAAUGACUCUCUACAAGAAGCAAGUGGACAAAGACAGAAUGAGGUCAAUUCUUCUGUCAGUGAUUCAGAUGUCCCAAGCUUUAUUGGAGCUGAUAUCUGGUGUGGAGAUUGUGAGCAGGCGUAUUCCCAUGAGUGCCCACAACAUCGAAUCCAAGCAAUCUCAGACAAACCAGUUAGGACAAGAGCUUGGGCUUCUCUUCCUGCGCAACAUCUCGUCAUUCGUAAAAAUGCAGAUACAGAAGAAUAUGGUGUGUAUGUACGCAAGGCCAUUCCAAAGCGCACACAGUUCGGCCCUAUAGAAGGUGUCUUGAAGGAAGACUCAAAUGGGUCAGUGUCUCCGCAUGGCCUUAUCUACACCAUUAAGCAGGGGGAUCAGACGCUGCACCUCGACACUUCUGAUGAAGCCACCUCCAACUGGAUGCGAUUUGUGCGUCAGGCCACCACAUACCUAGAGCAGAAUUGUGUAGUCAUGCAAGUGGACGAGAACCUAGUCUUCCUCACUACCACAGACAUUGCCCCACGCACAGAACUCAGAGUAGGAUACUCAAAGCAAUAUGGUGACAAAAGAGGCCUACACAUCCUACAGCCAACAGCAGAGGAGAUUAAGAUCCUUGAGUCAUUGAGGAAGUCCUGGCCUUGCUACGAAUGCGAUGAGGCCUUUGAGUCGUCUGCAGAACUACAGCAACACCUGGUGUGUCAUGACGAGGAGGUUGGUGAAGAAGAGAAGAAGAAACGCAAGAGAAUAAAGACGAGGCGACCCAGGAACAAUGGAGAGGUGGAGACUGGCAUGAAGAGGCUCGCCAAGAAGGUGAAGGUAUCAGGUGAAGGGACAUCAGGAGCUGGGACUUCUUCACAAGCAGAUGCCAACAGCAGACUAGCUAUGCCUGCUGUAGAAGGUAUACAGCACAGCCAGUGCACCACCUGCAAUUUGGUAUUUACCAUGCCAGAGCUGCUGAAAAUCCACCAGCACACGCAUGAAGGGGCACAGGUGCAGGAGGGCAAUGAUGUCUUGGUGAAAAUGAAGCUGAAGGAGAAGGCAUGUCCUCAGUGCUUCAAGUUUUUUGAGGCAGCUGAGGAGCUGUUAGCACACAUAGGAGGACAUGGAUUCUUCCUUCCUCUUCAAGCCAAGCCUCAUAAGUGUGACUUCUGCUAUAAGUCCUUCUUGCGUCGUGAGCGGCUGGAGGCGCACAUGGCUGUCCAUGGCAAUGAGACGGAGAAGCCCUUCCGAUGCAGCCUCUGCCUCAGACGCUUCUGUAGCAAUACAGCCCUUAAUACACACAUCAAGUUCCAUAUUGAGGGCAGUAAAGGCUAUGACUGCCCGAUUUGCAGGGAGGGAUUCUUCUCCGUAGCCGGGCUGAAGUCCCAUGUAUCCUCACACUGUGUCAAUGGGGAAUACGCUUGCCCGACUUGUAAAAAGGUUUUCCCCACGUAUAGUAAGAUUCGCCGGCACAUUCGUUCAUACCACGCCAUCAUGCCUCACACAUGUUCCAUAUGCAGUAAGGAGAUGCCAUCCGUGGACAAACUCAAGAUUCAUAUGCUUAGUCAUUCAGAGCGCCGUGACUUCCUAUGUCCAGACUGCGGCAAGAGGUUCAAGCGGAAGGACAAGCUCCGCGAGCACUCCAAGCGCAUGCACUCGAAUGACCGCGAGGCAAAAACUUCUAAAGCAGUUGCCAAAGGACCCCCCAAGUUUGUCCCAAAGGUUGAUCCUGCUGAUUACAAACAGUUUUUGUACAAGUGCCACACCUGCCUCUUGGGGUUCAAACGGCGUGGCAUGCUUGUUAACCACCUGGCCAAGCGUCACCCAAACAUUGACCCGUCAACAGUACCUGAGCUAAACCAACCCAUCCUCAAGGCAAAGAGAUGUUACAGCUGCCAGCAUUGUGAUAAGAUGUACCGCAGCAGUAGUAAGAGGAAAUUACACAUCCUAAAGUACCACCCUGGAGCAGAGCUUCCCCCGCCUUCCACCAAUCAUAAUGAGAAUGAGAAUGGUGAGGUUCCUGCAUAUUCCAAGACGUACCCACAUCCAUGCUUAUGGUGCUACCGCCAGUAUACAACCCGGGCCCGGCUCCUGCGGCACCAGCGGCACCACCACCCUGACCUCUGCAACCACAAGUCACAGAUGAAGGAGUACUCGGCUGAAGCACCUGAGGCAGCAGUGGAAGAAGAUGACGCUCAGAUGGAGGCUCCAGCAGGCUUGUCAGGGGAACUGACCCUUGGAGGCCAGCUUGUCACUGAUGCCAGCAUCUUGAGGAACCAUCGGUUAGUAAGUUUGACCAGAGGAGAGUCUGAGGAAGCUGGUGUGGAGGUGAAGGAGGAUGACCUUCUGACCCAGGCCAUGGGGGAGAUCACUCCCCUCAGUGGUGGGGAACAAUAUGUGCGCAUAGUAGGCACAGGAGCAGAAGGGCAGCAAGUAGUUGUGGGAACAGCCCAGGGUGGACGGCCUUUGCUGGUGAGUAGCGAUGGAGGACAGCAGGGUGCCACCCUGGCUCUGGUCACCACAGAUGGCCCAGAGACAGUGACACUCUCUCUCCCUGCAGGACAAUUUAUCUCCCUUAUACCUGGCUUGCCUGUUGCGGGUACUGCCUCAACAGUGACCUCAACCUCACGGACUGUGACUAGUGGCAGCAGUUCAGUCAACAUACACACUGUUGAGGGACAGGAUGGGGCAGGCACCAGUGGAGACCUGCAAGGGGAGGGUGUCCCAGCUGCCAUCAGGAUGGCCCAGGGCUUUGGGCAGGCAAUAAGUGGGAGUGAGGCUGAGGGUGUUGAGCAGGUGGUGCUGGAGACCCACCCUCCCUCAUCUCCCUCAGCAUCUGUUGUGUGGCCUCAGGCUCUGACCUUUGCCAGCACCCCAAACUAACACCUCUUAUCUAUCAAGAUGAUGUUCCAAACUAGCUGUAACACAGAUUGGUUGAGAGUUAUCAAUGCAUGAAAGGAUUUAAACAUCUUGAUCAGAGGUAUUCAACAGUAUCAUGCAAAUACCAGGGUAUUCCUCUGGAUAGCUGGGGUCAUUGACCUGGUUUUGGGUAGGGUUUUUGCAGUGCUUUUGAGAUCCAUUUAGGCUUAAGGUAAUCCAUGGAGUAUGGGAUGUUUUAUAUUAGCUGCAAAGGUAAAUAUGGUAAAAAUAUUAUUUAUUAACUUCUUAGAACUAUCUUUGAACAAAUUUCAAAUCUUCCACAAGGAGCAAUAUAUAUUCAUUUGUGAGUCGUAUAAUAGAGACCAAUCUCUGUUACUGCUUUUAAUUAACUACAACUCUUUCUUGAUAUUAUGUAAUGUAUUUGAGUUUCCUUACUGGAAAGUAUUUGUGAUAUGUUGUCAUGUCCAUGCAAGUAACAAACUGCAUAUCAAGGUAAGCAUCAAAAGUGCAUCAAAAAUUAGAUGUUCUUGAAGAAUUGCCAGGCAUAUCAUCCAAGGCCUUAGGUGUAGUUGCUAAGGUGUUCAUGACAUUGUUGUUAUGUUUUAUAUGUACAAUUUCUUUUUUUUCUAAUUAAAUGUUGCUGUGCCUCUGUUGAUGUGAGAGAGUAAGUUAUUCUUUUGGGGAGGAUCUCCUUUCGUGAUGAUAAUUUCUGUAACUAUAUGUAUAUACAACAGUGUAUAUAUACAGUAUGAGGUGACCAUGCCCAAAUAGUACAUUCAUGUACUAAUGAAACUUAUGUGAUUCAAAUUUUGUUUAGGACACCACCUUCCAUUUUGUAGCCAAAAGAAAAUGUAUAUUGUUGGAAGCAAAGUGAAUUUAUAACGAUGUGACCUGAACUCUCCCACCUUUUCUUUUUCUUCAUAUUUAGCCCUGGUCACAAGUGUCAGAUCAACACACAUUGUGUAUAAAGUAAAGUAUCAGUAUUGCCUUUCAAGAAGCUGCUGCAGGAAACCAUGGCAUGUAUCCUUUUACAUAAUCUUAUACUUUUGGUAAAUCAGGAAGUUUUUCUCAUAAGUGUAAUCAGCCUACAAUAAAACAAUAUUACUUA